UCUGCACACAAACAUUGCUGUUUUGUCUCUAGACAGAAUCUCACAUAUUAGAUGUGCUACUCACUCUUUCAUUAUUGGUUAUUUUCAGCACACCAUUGGACAACAUGCAUUUUAAUAUGCCUGUCAUAAAAAUUCUAAUAUGAAUGCCUCUGACAUAUGAUUUAUUAUGUAAUUUUAGACAGCAGCAUGUGAACAAGACUUUUAUUUUGGUACGGUGGUGUGACGUCAUAAGGCGGCGCCGCGCUGCUGCUAUCUGUUGUGAUUCGGCUCAAGAAAGUGCGCUGACUACUGAACUAAGGAGAUUGAGACGCACCCAGAGAUUUAGUUUGGAAUUAUAUUUCUUUCUGUUAAUUAUUCUCAUCUUAAAUAUGAUAAUAUGUCUAAACACCAAGAAAAACUCUUGGUGAAGCGACUGAUAUCCAUGUGACACACUAUUAUAAAAAUGGCAUUUAUUAAAGAGGAGAGUGAAGACAUGAAGAUUGAAGAAACAUUCAGCCUGAAACAUGAAGAGACUGAGGAACAAACAAAGAUGACAUUUAUUAAAGAGGAGAGUGAAGAUCUGAAGAUUGAAGAAACAUUCAGAGUGAAACAAGAAGAUACUGAGGAUCAAACAGACCUGAUGGUGCUGAAAGAGGAGAGUGAAGAACUGAACGGAAUGGAAGAGAAGCGUCAUGAUUUAAUAACUGAAGUAAAAUCUUUUAGUUGCUCACAGAAUAAAAAGACUUCCGCACAAAAAAGAGUUCGGAAACCAGCACCUAGACGUUUCACCUGCCAAGAGUGUGGAAAGUGUUUCACUCAGCAUGCAAAUCUUGAAAUGCACAUGAGAGUUCACACUGGGGAGAAGCCUUUUACCUGCCGAGAGUGUGGGAAAAGUUUUUCUGAAAAAGGAAACCUAAAAAAUCACAUGAGAAUUCACACUGGAGAGAAGCCUUUCACCUGCCAACAGUGUGGGAAAAGUUUUACUCUAAGUCGAAGCCUUCAAGUUCACAAGAAAGUUCACACUGGAGAAAGACCUUUUACCUGUCAACAGUGUGGGAAAUGUUUCACUGGAAAAGGAAACCUCAAUGUCCACAUGAGAGUUCACACUGGGGAGAAGCCUUUUACCUGCCGAGAGUGUGGGAAAAGUUUUGCUGAAAAAGGAAACCUAAAAAAUCACAUGAGAAUUCACACUGGAGAGAAGCCUUUCACCUGCCAACAGUGUGGGAAAAGUUUUACUCAAAAAGACAGUCUUAAAGUCCACAUGAAAGUUCACACUGGGGAGAAGCCUUUCACCUGCCAACAGUGUGGGAAAAGUUUUACUCUAAGUCGAAGCCUUCAAGUUCACAAGAAAGUUCACACUGGAGAAAGACCUUUUACCUGUCAACAGUGUGGGAAAUGUUUCACUGGAAAAGGAAACCUCAAUGUCCACAUGAGAAUUCACACUAGAGAGAAGCCUUUUAUCUGCCAACAGUGUGGGAAAAGUUUUACUCAAAGUAAAAGCCUUCAAGUUCACAAGAGAGUUCAUACUGGAGAAAGACCUUUUACCUGUCAGCAGUGUGGAAAAUGUUUCACUGAAAAAGGAAACCUCAAUGUCCACAUGAGAACUCACACUGGAGAGAAUCCGUACACCUGCCAACAGUGUGGGAAAAGUUAUACUCAAAUUCAAAACCUUAAAGCCCACAUGAGAGUUCACACUGAAGAGAAGCCUUACACACGCCCUCACCGUGGAAAGAGAUCAGACGUCAAGUAAACCUUAGUGUCCAUAUGAGGGUUCACUCAAGACGGAACAAUUUUACAUGUCAUCAGUGCGGAAUGAGUUUCACAGACGGGAAUCAUCUUGCGAAUCAUGUAACAACUCACACUGGAGAGAUGCUUUUAACAUGUCAUUAGUGUGAUAAGAGUUUCACAAAUCACAGACGCCUGAAACGUCAUUUGAAAACUCAUUCUGAAAAGAAAUGAAAAAUUGCGCCGUUCCUCAGUGUGACGAGAUUUCAAAAUAGAUUUCAAAAAUCACAUGCAGAUUCUCUCUAAAAGAGGGCCAUUUAAUUUUUUUGCCAUCGCACUUGUAAAAAGCCAUUCAGAUGUGAGACCCUAUUUCUGUAUUUUGUGUGGAGUUUUAAAGUUUAGUUUGUUUGAUACAUCAGAAUCAUUGUUAUAUAAAUAAACAAUCAACUUGCUAUUAAAUUUUCUUUAUUAAUAAAAGGAUAUUAACUGAA